AUGGCUCCCCAGUAUGCUCCCAGCCUGCGCUCCCUUCUGGGCCCUGUGCUGCUCCUCCUGCAGACAGCCUUCAUCUCCAUAGCAGCUUUCUGCUUAGAAAUAAACAACAAUGCAAUCCUGGAUGAGACAUUUUACGCAGAGUUCCAGGAUGUUAAUGUGAUGGUGGUUCUAGGGUUUGGUUUCUUGAGCACUUUUCUAGUGCGUUACGGCUUCAGUGGCUCCGGGUUCAACCUGCUAGUGACCGCCAUCGCCACCCAGUGGGCAAUCAUCGUGACAGGAGUAGAGUCCUGGUACGAACGGGGAAAGAUUCGGGUCGAUCUGAAAAGCCUUCGCUCCCUUUUGGGCCCUGUGCUGCUCCUCCUGCAGACAGCCUUCAUCUCCAUAGCAGCUUUCUGCUUAGAAAUAAACAACAAUGCAAUCCUGGAUGAGACAUUUUACGCAGAGUUCCAGGAUGUCAAUGUGAUGGUGGUUCUAGGGUUUGGUUUCUUGAGCACUUUUCUGGUGCGUUACGGCUUCAGUGGCUCAGGGUUUAACCUGCUAGUGACCGCCAUCGCCACCCAGUGGGCGAUCAUCCUGACUGGAGUAGAGUCCUGGUACGAACGGGGAAAGAUUCGGGUCGAUCUGAAAAGCAUCUUAUCUGCUGAGAUUUGUGCGGCUUGUGCCCUGGUCUCCAUGGGAACCGUUCUGGGGAAGACCAACCCUGUCCAGCUCGUCUUCAUUGCCCUGUUCAGCGUAUCUGGAUUUGUCCUGAAUGAAUGGAUCCUCCGGACUCUCCUGAGCGUCCGGCCCCUGAACAGCCUCAUGCAGCUCCACGUCUUCGGGGCCUUUUUUGGACUCAUGCUGACCUGGAUCCUGCAGCGGGAAGGCACGGAGCAAGGAUUUGAAAAGGAGAAGUUUGACCGAAAGUCCGGAUUCAUCUUAUCUGCUGAGAUUUGUGCGGCUUGUGCCCUGGUCUCCAUGGGAACCGUUCUGGGGAAGACCAACCCCGUCCAGCUCGUCCUCAUUGCCCUGUUCAACGUUUCUGGAUUUGUCCUGAAUGAAUGGAUCCUCCGGACUCUCCUGAGCGUCCGGCCCCUGAACAGCCUCAUGCAGCUCCACGUCUUCGGGGCCUUUUUUGGACUCAUGCUGACCUGGAUCCUGCAGCGUGAAGGCACAGAGCAAGGAUUUGAAAAGGAGAAGUUUGACCGAAAGUCCGGAUUGUUUUCCAUGUUAGGUUCUGUGUUUCUUUGGAUGUUCUGGCCCAGUUUUAACGCGGUGCUGGUGGACUCUGACAGGAAGCUGGGGGCCGUUUGUGGUUCCUACUUGGCUCUGGCGGCCAGCGGGGUAACGGCGGCGGCUGUUUCUUCCCUUUCCAGCCGCACAGGGAAGCUGAACCUGAUCCAGAUGCAGCCGUCCAUCCUGGCCGGAGGGGUCUCCGUCGGCGUGGCCGUUUCCGUGGUGGAUCAGCCCUGGGUAGCCAUGGCAACCGGGGUCACGGCCGCCCUCCUAUCAGCAGCUGGAUACAGAUAUCUAAAGCCCCAGAUGCAUGCUGCGUUCGAGUGCCACGACACGCGUGGGACUUUGAGCACCCACGGCCUGCCGGGGCUCCUGGGCUGGUUCCUGCAGCUUCUGCUGCAGAUCCGGAAACUGGAUCAGACCUCGGUGGCGAUCCGCUUCUCCGUGUUUCACAUCAGCACGCUGUUCAUCACCGUCUCCACCAGCCUCACCACGGGGAUCCUCACAGGAUUUCUGCUGAAGUGGAACUUCUGGAGACCCCCUCAAAACAAGAAAUGUUUUGAUGAUCAAGCUUUCUGGGAGUUUCCACACAACGCAGUCCGCAAAUGAGAGGAUGGAGAAGCUCGACUCCCCGAAACAGUCGGAGGGAAUAAUUACACCCCGAACUGUUUCUGUGAAGAAGCUCUGGCGUGUUUUUGUGUGGGAGGUCCAAAUAAAAGCUCAGGCAGAUAAAAGAGUCGUCUUAUUUGCUGCUCGCUGGGUUUAAUGUCGCCACGGUGGCAGAAACAGAGCAAAUGUUUUUGGGUGUUACACGGGAAAAACAGGCAGAUGUUGCACACGAAUCCAGAUGUGGAGGAUUUGGAUCUUUAGCUGAUCUCAGAUCUUUACAGAGAUAAGGAGUCACACAGAAAAACAAAAAGCAAACCCACCUGGUUACAGUUAUUACAUGUGUAAGUUGUUAUUUCCCUCAAUGAUAUAGAACUCAACCUACAUUUUAAACUUAAAACAUCUCACAAAAUAAAGUAAACCCGAGGAAAAAUAGUAGCAAAGCUCCCAAUAUAGUAAACCACUUGAACCAGAUGGAUUCUCUGAGUGCAAACAGACGCAUUUAAAAACAUUUAAAUGUGCCACAUUGGAAAUGAUUCAUCCCUCCAACAAAUCUAUGAAAUCUUGUGCUUCGAUGUGAUUUAUGUAUAUUUCAGCAAAUACCAUAAAUUAAACAUGUUAUUUGAAAGCUAAAAAAUAUAUAUAAAGUGUAUAAUAGCUGAA